AUGUCCCUUGAAUACACUACUGAAAGAGCUAACGACUUGAUUGCCAAUGUCACUUCGAUCAAAGAGGAGGUUGCAUCCCUCAGCGGUGGCAAGACAAACUUGGUUUGUGUGUCUAAGUUGAAGCCAGCUUCGGACAUACAGGCAUUGUACGAUGUUGGAUAUCGCCAUUUCGGAGAAAACUACGUACAAGAGUUGAUCGAAAAAGCUAAGAUAUUGCCAAAAGACAUCAAAUGGCAUUUCAUCGGUGGUCUACAAACCAACAAGUGCAAGGACUUGGCGAAAAACAUCCCCAACCUGUACGCGGUUGAAACGAUAGACACAAUAAAGAAGGCCAAGAAGCUCAAUGACGUAAGAAAACAGAUGAUUGACGCCAAGACCCCUGGUUUUGGCAAUGUAGGAGUUCUCAUCCAGGUGAACACUUCUGGCGAAGAACAAAAAAGUGGGUGCGAACCAGGGGAGGAACUCGAUGAACUUGUCCGGGUCAUCCUUGAGGAAUGCCACUCUGUGGAUUUUCACGGGUUAAUGACCAUAGGAAGCUAUGCGGUGAGUCACGGGGAAGGCGAAAAUCAGGAAUUCAAGCUGCUAGCCGAGUUGAAAGAGCAUUUGGAGCAGAAGUUCAACCUACCAAACCUUCAGCUCAGCAUGGGUAUGAGUGGCGAUUAUCAACAGGCUGUGAGACAGGGAAGUACCAGUGUCCGUGUAGGCUCAAGUAUAUUUGGGGUGAGACCUCCUAACAAUGGUCAUUAG